AUGAUGAUGAAUAUGAAGAAACAGCUAUGGUCUCUGGCCCGUAUGGUUCUGCCCGGGGUGGGAUUUGCGUUGACCUGCAUUGGGGCUUACCUGAUGUCCCUGGAGACAGAGUACAGGUACACUCUGAGGGUCAUAUUUGCCUACAUCAUGAUUGUGUUUGGCAUCCUGGCGGUGCUCAUCGGAGUCUUCUGGACCAUCUGCCACAGCAUGAAGAGCAAAAUGUACCAGAGAGGAGGACAUGAACAACACAUACAGGUCUACACUAUAGAAAGACCAAGCUCCUUUCCUCCAUCAUACGAGGAGUCCCAGAGCGACCAGGAGUCAGAUCGUGACACAGCGCCUGAGUUUGUGGUCGUGGUCGACGGUGUAAAUGUGCUGAUGACCCUCGCUCCUCCUCUGUACAGCCAGGACAGCUCAGAAGCUCCAGACUGCACGUGGAGCUGGGAGCAGCCUCCUCGGUACAGUCAGGUGGAGCGUUUUCAGCAGGGAGAGGUGGAUGCUUAG